AUGGAGGACAACAAAGUAACCCCCUUGAACCACUUGAAUUCAAAGGAAGAUUUCCUCCGUCGUGUGCAGACUGCAGACAGUGUUUUCCUCCCUCGCGAUGUCUUCGAAGCGCUCUACCUCUCACCUGAGCGAAAUGUCCCCGGAGACUUGAGGAAGAAGUUUGGUAAUCCGACACCCGCCGCUCUGAUUGGGUUCGUCAUGUCCGCAACUCCAUAUGCUGCCGCAAACAUGGGCUGGCGUGGUGCAGGAGGAGACCUCAAGACACCAUUGAUGGUUCCAAAGGGGACGUUCCUGCUGCGAGUCUAUCUCAGAAUGACUGACAGUGUCCCCUACAGCCCAACAAUGAUCUUCUUCGGCGGUAUUCUCCAGAUCUUGGGCGCUAUCGGCGAAUGGAUUCUGGGCAACACCUUCUCGAUGUGCUUGUUCUUCACCUAUGGCACUUUCUGGAUCGUGGCCGGCACUCAACUCGUUCCCUGGUUUGGGGUCGGGGUUCAAUACUCCACCACAGGAGACAACUUUCAUGGAAUGACUGAACCGGCCUAUUUUGCCACUGUCGGAUUUUACUAUGUCUCUCUGGCUAUGAUCACCACCAUUUUCGCCAUCUGCGCUUUGCGGACCAAUGUCGUCUUCUUCUCUGCCCUUUUCACCCUGAUUUUUGCCUUUGGAUGUGCCGCUGGCGCUUUCUGGCAUCUCGCACUCGGAAACGCGGACACGGGCAACAAGCUGACUAUAGCAGCGGGAGCUUUCACGUGGGCCCUUACGAUGAUGGUGUGGUAUCUGCUCGCGGUUCAAUUGCUGGAAUGUGUCGACUUUCCACUCACGCUCCCCGUGGGGGAUCUGUCGGGAUUCAUCAAGGGAAAGUCUGAAAGGGCCGCGAAAAAGGUAGCAGGGAGUGCAAAUGAUAGUGGAAGUUAG